GCAGUUGGUGAUUUCCAGGUGUCCCGGCAACCACUAGUUUAGAGAUGACAAGUGUCUGAAUCUGUAGCCACCUGUAUGGAUUUCAGGGAAAGCAGAAAAAAGAUCUCAUCUUCCAUUAAUAAUUGAAGAGUUGCAUGAGGAGAAGCUUCUCUUCAGCUGCCACGACUUCACCUACAUGCACAUUAGGCCUGUCCCAGUGUGCCACUUGUCCGUUUCAGACAUUCAACCUCAGAUCUUUUUUCUUGAAUCAGGAGUCAGCAGUUUUAUCCAUUUCCCAACCUCUUUCUUGGAAUCUUCCUUCAGUUCUUACAAUACUGUUCAUGGAGUGGUCUCCUCAAGCUGCCAUGAAGGCUUACUUGCACACUCUUGAUCUGUAUCAAGCAAACGAGAAGAACACUUCGUAUGGAAGCACAGACAUCAUGGAACCAAAAUGCAUGGAAUUCAUAUCAGCUUUAGCAGCUGGAAAGCAAGCCAAAUUAAUGGUGGAAGUAAGCACAGAAGGGAUAACCCCAUUUACUAUAGCUUUAGCAGCGGCAGCGAAGCAGACAGGAGGCAGGCUAAUUUGCAUUCUUGCCCAUCAUCAAGACUUAAAGAGAGGCAAAACCCAAUUAUUAAAAGAUGAUGAUAAUCAUCAGGAUCUUGCAGAUGUGAUUGAAUUCGUUUGUGGGAAUCCUUUCCAAGUAGCUAUGGAGUACAAGAACAUUGAUUUUCUUGUUAUUGAUGGAAAGUUAAGGGGUCAUUUAAAGUUGGUCAAGAGUUUUAAUGUGAACCCAAGGAGAUCUGUUAUAGUAGGGCACAAUUUGCAGUACAGCAAGAAUGGUGUUUCUUUUGGUCAGCUUUUGAAUGGAAAAGGAGGAGUUGGGGUUGUAACUUUGCCUAUAGGAGAAGGAAUUGAACUGACUAGAAUUGAGCCAAUCAAUAAGUGGAAGAGUAAAAGGAGAUUUCAUGUCACCUUUGAGAAUUGAAGAGUUCCUCCAAUCACUCUCUUGUGAAUUCUUCUGCUAUGUAAAUUUUUAUGUGUAAACUUUAUAAUGUCACAAUGUAUUGUUUUCAUCAAUGAAAAAAUUGAUGAAUAUUAUACUCUUAAAGGUAUUAAGUUUUAAAGAUCAAUGAAAAAAUUUGAUUUGAUUUUCUUU